UAUGUAUUGCGGUUUAAAUAAUUUGGGUAACACAUGUUACAUGAAUUCUCUUCUUCAGACACUCUUUAUGACUCGUUAAUUUAGAGAAGCCCUAUUUAAAUGGAAAUAUGAUGAAACUAAGCAUCCUAAAAAAGAAGAUUGUAUUCCUUAUCAAUUAUAGUAUCUCUUCACUAAGAUGCAAGAAUGUUAUGAAAAUAGAGCUACAGAUGCUAGAAAUUUAGUAAGAUCAUUUUAAUGGGAUCCAUAAGAAUCAUUUGCAUAACAUGAUGUUUAAGAAUUUUGCAGAGUAUUAUUUGAUGCUAUCUAAUAAUCAGAUGAUUAAGAUUUCAUCACACGUUUAUAUCAAUCUCACUCAUAAUCAUAUGUCUAAUGUCUUAAAUGUUAACAAGAGAGUGUUUCAAAUGAAGUUUUCUUAGAUCUUUCACUUACUGUCAAAAGUGACUUUUUAAAUGUUUAUAAUGAGUCUUUAGAGAGAGCUCUAUAUUAUUAUAUUAAACCUGAGAAGUUGGAAGGCGAUAAUAAAUAUUUAUGUUAAAAUUGUUAGGAUAAAACAGAUGCUCUAAAAGGAUUUAGAUUAAAAGCACUUUCUGAUAUUCUUACUAUUCAAUUAAAUCGUUUUGAAUUAGAUUUAAAUACAUUUGAAAGAAAGAAGGUUAAUGAUUAUGUAUCUUUUCCUUUUGUUUUAGAUAUGAACAAUUUUCUUAAACCAUAUGAUUAAAUUCAUAUUGAAGAUCAUCCUGAUUUAUUAGAGGAAAGAGAGAAAUUAAAAUUAUAAUAUGAAUAAGAAAAAUUAUAAAGUUGUUUUAGUGAUCCUUUAAGAAGAAAAAAUAGAAAACCUUCUCCAGAUGAAAGAGUUUAAAAAGUUCAUUUUAAUGAUACUCCAUAAAUAGUACCAUCAGAUGAUAAAAUGUAAUUUAAAAAGUAAUUGUUAGAAGCACAUUAAGAAUUCUAAUCAAAGUUUUAAAGUUUUAAAUCUACAAAUAAUAAUAAUAAUAAUACUCAAACUUAAUUUACAUCUUAAACUAUACCAAAUAAUCCUAAUCUAAUUUUAACAGCUGAUGAAGCUUAUGAUAUUGAUAAUGAUAUAUUAUUUGGUGGUAAUCUCGAUAAUUUAGGUGAUUUAGGAGAAGGUACUACUGCUAAUACUGUUAAAACUAUAAAAGAAGUAUAAGGUGGUGCGAAAAUAAAAAACUCUGAUGAAAAAGAAAUAUAAGAAAGAAUUGAAAAUGAAUCUCAUAAUUUAUCAAUCAAAUAAAAAAUAUAAGAACUUCUAUAGAAUGGUCCAAAUAUCUAUGAAUUAUAUUCAGUAAUGAUUCAUUCAGGUGGAGCAUUAGGUGGACAUUAUUAUGCAUAUAUAAAAUCAUUUGAAGAUGGAGAUUGGUAUUGUUUUAAUGAUUCAACUGUCUCUAAAAUAUCUUGGAAAACAAUUUUAACAAUGUUUGGAGAUAAAUAUCCUAAAUAUAAUAUGGGUAGUAGUGCAUAUUUCUUAAUGUAUAGAAGAGCUGGUGAAGAAUUAAGUACAUAAAAACCUGAAAUUUAAGAACAUUUAAAAUAAGCUAUUGUUAAAGAAUUAUAAGAAUAAAAAGAAAAGGAAGAAAAAUGGGAAAGAGAAAAAAAAGAAAAAGAAAUGGAAUUAAAAAUUAGAUCAUUUUAUAAAAAUAAAGAUGCUGUUAUUAAAACAAGAAAGGAUACACUUUUAAAAGAUUUUAAAUUAUAAAUCAGGUAAGAAUUGAAUGUAUAAGAAGAUGAUGAAAAUACAAGAAUAAGAUUCUAUAAUCAUAUAGAUAAUAUUCCUUAAGAUACAUUCACAAAAAAAGAAAAUGAAACUCUUUAAGGAUUAUAUUUUAAUGAUUUUAAAUCUGUUCUUUUAGAAACUAAAGCUCCACAUGAAAUUUUUGAAGAUUAUGAUCCUCAUAUUAUGUUAAUAAAAUUAUGUGUUUGGAGAAAUGAUAUUGAAUCUUUAGAUGAAAACGAAUUGAAACCUAUUAAAUUUUUCAUUCGAGAUGAUAAAACUGUUGAUUAAUUUAUGGAUGUAAUAACUUAAAGAUUAGGAGUACCUAAAGAUAAAUAAAUAAUUCUUUAAAAGAAUUGGAUUAAUGGAGCUACUAAUUAUUCAUUUAGAAUAAAUUAAUAACAUUAAUUAGAAUAAACUCUUUAUGAUCUCAAAAUUGGUAGAAAUGUAACAUUAUAUUUGGAAGAACAAUAAGAAUAGUGUGGAUUACCAUUAAAUUGGGAUUAAAAGUUUGAAUGUGAAAAACAUAAAUGCAGAAUUACUUUUAAUGAUCCUAGAAAACAAUUAUUACCUUCAGAAUCUCCUGAUUAUUGUUUUGAAUUAUAAAUUGAUAAUAGAAGAACAAUGUAAGAAUUAAAAGAAAAAAUGAGUGAUUUUCUUGGUUUGGAUAUUGAUUCAUUUAUUGUUAAGAAAAGUAAUAGAUAUGGUGAAGAAAUUAAAGAUUUAACAACUACAAUAAAAAAUAAUUAAGCUAUUGGUCGUGCAGCAUUUUGUUUAAUGAUGGGUAAACCAUCAACUAAAGGUAUUUACAAAAUUAAAGUUGGAAUGGGAGGCUUAUCUCCUAAAUACUCGGAUACAAUUGAAUUUGAAUUAUAAGAUUUAUUUGAUAUGGAAAUCAACUCAGAAUGGUAUGUUAAAGAACUUAAAGAAAAGUUAUGUUAAAAAAUAUAGGAAUUGAAAUAAAUUGUAUUGUAACCUAAUCUUAUAAGAUUGAGAUAUAAAUUAAAUACAAAACUUAGUUAAGUUUAUCAUAAUGAUUAACUAUUAAAAAAUUUAAGAAUUUUUGAUAAUCAAACUCUCAUAAUUGAAAAAUUAGAAAAAGAAGAUGAAAUUAAAGAAAAUCAAUUAUUAGGAUAUGUAAGAUUUUAUAAUCCAAAAGAUUUUACUCUUUCAUUUCCUCCAUAAGAAAUUUUUUUAAAUAGUACUGAUACUAUGCAUGAUGUCUCAACUGUUAUUUCAAAUUUAUUCAAUAUUAAUUAGGAUGCAAUAGAAGCUAUUAAAAUUAAUAAUGUCUUUAGUUUUGCUAUAACUGAUUUAGUCACUGCAAGUUUUGAUUGGUAAUUACUUAAAUUCAACCAAAAUGUUGUAAAUAAAAGUCCAUGGUUUCUUUUGAAAGAUUCUUAUUAUCUUAUGUAUGUUUAUAUUAUAUAUACUUUAUUAGUGUGAGAGAUGCUCGAGAAGUUCCUAAAGAUAUGACUGAAUUGAGAUAAAAAGUAGAUGAGAUCCUUGCGAAAUCUUCUGAUCCUUCUAAAGUGUAAUAAAAAAUACCUUUGUAAUCUACUAAACCAAAAGAAAAAGCAUUAAAAAUAACAGUUGUUAAGUAAUGAAUAUUUAUAUUGUAGAAAAUAAGAUGAAUAAAAAUAAGAUGAAUUAUAAAAAUUAGUAGAGUAAAUAAAAUAAGAGGAGUAGGAGAAAUAAGAAAAUGAAACAUAAGAUGAAAAAUCAUUUAAAGUUGAUUAAUAAGAAGAAGCACAAAAACUUGAUUCAUAAGAGAAUACAAAUCAAAUAUAAAAAAAUGAAUAAUAAUAAGAUUGAG